AUGGGGUUCUUCAGGGCUUUCGCCGCAUUCGGUUUGUUGGCUGGAAAUGGAGCAGUCUGUUUGGUCGACGGGACGGGCCAGCAGGGCUCCAAGGACACUUGCGAAAAGAAUGGAGACAAUCUUGUCCUCCCGUUGUCGGCUACACAGACCUCCCUGACCUUCAAAUGCGGACGCACAUUUACCUCUCUCGACCCUGGUGCGCUUCACGUGUACAGCAGCGCGGAUCCACACACAAAACUCGUGCUUGCAACCGAAAUUCCCGGCGCUACACUUCAGAGUCAAGAUAACGCCCACACGCUAACGGUCCCGGAUCCGCAGAAAAGACCAAUAGACAAAAUAAGUAUCGUAUACUACUGCGUCAAGAAGGCCGCGACUCCAGAUGAAAAGCCGUUACUCAGGAUCCCCUCUCCACAGGCGGCCGAGGAAAAAUGCAAGGUGACUAUCGAGGUCGACGGGAGGCCUCCUGUCCCAGACGACACCGUCACAUGUGAACCUGGUCAGGACAAGACAUUCAAAGUCUCGAAAGCGGAGACUGAAUUGAAGCUUAAGUGCGAAGGCGACCUCACCUUCACACCAGAUGACAACGCGAAGGUGUUUGACGGGAAGGACGGGACGUGCGCGGAUCCGGCAGGCUUGGUCUCCCUGGUGCCUGACGCCGUUCUGAAACCCGACGCAGAGAAAAAGACUUUUUCGCUUAGCAUUCCUCGUCUUCCUUCUGGCACGGUGCCUAAGGAUCUCUGUUAUCGGUGCCAGCCGAAAGGAAAUACGGAGAACGGAACGGCCGGCUCGGCAGACGACAAGGGUUGUAAUUUCCGGAUUGAGUGUAGGAAGCCGAUCAGGCUGCUGGCUCGGGCGCUCAUGGGUCACGAGGCCCAGAACCAGGGCCCGGCCAGCAGCCAACUCCUGGAGGAAGCUCUCCAUCGCAAACCGUUCACACCUGCCCUGUCGGCAGAAAAGAGAAUCAAAGUCUCGAAAGCAGACGAGGAACUGAAGCUAAAAUGCAACGGGGGACUCGCAUUUAAGCCUCAGAAGGACAAACAAGUAUUCAACGACAAGGACGGCCAAUGCAAGAAUCAGGAGACCCUGGGCAGCCGUGUUCGUAAUGCGGUCAUGACGCAUGGCGAAGCUGCUACCCCGACGUACUCGCUGAAAGUGCCUCAUCUUCCCUCGGGUUCUGAGGACAAGGCUCUCUGCUGUGAGUGUUUUCCGAAACCCGACAAGGAAUCGCUGCAAGCUGAGGCAGGUUGCACCUUCCUUGAGGUGCAGAGAGCCGACCAGGCUGCUGAAUCGGCUGCCCGUGACCUGAGAAGCGCGGAAGCGGCUUUGUUUUCGAUAUUCGCGUCCGGCCUUGCUGUGAGAGCGGCGACUGCGUUGAGGUAG